CGCCCGGGCGGCCGGGGCGAUGCGCGGUCUCUGGCCCCGGCAGGCGGCCGCCCUGGGGCCGUCGGGAUGGAGGUGAGAAGACGGCCGUGACGCGCUUCUGCGCGGCCCCCUGCACCCGCAGCAGCCCACAGCGCUCCCUGCCCCCCUCCCCCGCAGUGGCCCGCCUUGCGGUCCAGUGACAGCGGCCUGGGGGGGCAGGGGGGGCAGGGGCGGCCGGACCAGCGAUGCCGGCGGGCAUGAUGAAGCAUGGCUCCCGCUCCACCAGCUCGUUGCCGCCCGAGCCCAUGGAGAUUGUGCGCAGCAAGGCGUGCUCGCGGCGCGUCCGCCUCAACGUCGGGGGUCUGGCGCACGAGGUACUUUGGCGUACCCUGGACCGCCUACCCCGCACGCGGCUGGGCAAGCUCCGCGACUGCAACACGCACGAUUCGCUGCUCGAGGUCUGCGACGACUACAGCCUCGACGACAACGAGUACUUCUUCGACCGCCACCCAGGCGCCUUCACCUCUAUCCUCAACUUCUACCGCACUGGGCGGCUGCACAUGAUGGAGGAGAUGUGCGCACUCAGCUUCAGCCAAGAGCUCGACUACUGGGGCAUCGACGAAAUCUACCUGGAGUCUUGCUGCCAGGCCCGCUACCACCAGAAGAAGGAGCAGAUGAAUGAGGAACUCAAGCGUGAGGCCGAGACCCUACGUGAACGUGAGGGCGAGGAAUUCGAUAACACAUGCUGUGCAGAGAAGAGGAAAAAGCUCUGGGACCUACUGGAGAAACCCAAUUCCUCUGUGGCUGCCAAGAUCCUUGCCAUAAUUUCCAUCAUGUUCAUCGUCCUAUCCACCAUUGCCCUGUCACUCAACACGCUGCCAGAGCUGCAGAGCCUUGAUGAGUUUGGCCAGGCCACAGACAACCCCCAGCUGGCUCACGUGGAGGCCGUGUGCAUUGCCUGGUUCACCAUGGAGUACCUGUUACGGUUCCUGUCUUCGCCCAAGAAGUGGAAGUUCUUCAAGGGCCCACUCAACGCCAUUGACUUGCUGGCCAUCCUGCCAUACUAUGUCACCAUCUUCCUCACCGAGUCCAACAAGAGCGUGCUCCAGUUCCAGAACGUCCGUCGCGUGGUCCAGAUCUUCCGCAUCAUGAGGAUUCUCCGCAUCCUGAAGCUCGCCCGCCACUCCACCGGCCUCCAGUCCCUGGGCUUCACCCUGCGGAGGAGCUACAACGAGCUGGGUUUGCUCAUCCUCUUCCUUGCCAUGGGCAUCAUGAUCUUCUCCAGCCUUGUCUUCUUUGCAGAGAAGGAUGAGGAGGACACCAAGUUCAAAAGCAUCCCAGCCUCUUUCUGGUGGGCUACUAUCACCAUGACAACUGUUGGGUAUGGAGACAUCUACCCCAAGACUCUCCUGGGGAAAAUUGUGGGGGGACUCUGCUGCAUUGCAGGGGUCCUGGUGAUUGCACUUCCCAUCCCCAUCAUUGUCAAUAACUUCUCUGAGUUCUACAAGGAGCAGAAGAGGCAGGAGAAAGCGAUCAAGCGGAGAGAGGCUCUGGAGAGAGCCAAGAGGAAUGGCAGCAUUGUAUCCAUGAACAUGAAGGAUGCUUUUGCCCGCAGCAUCGAGAUGAUGGACAUUGAAGUUGAGAAAACUGGAGAGAACAUGGGGAAGAAGGACAAAGUACAAGAUAAUCACUUGUCUCCCAACAAGUGGAAAUGGACAAAGAGGACACUCUCUGAAACCAGCUCAAGUAAGUCCUUUGAAACCAAGGAGCAGGGCUCACCUGAGAAGGCCAGAUCAUCUUCUAGUCCUCAGCACCUGAACGUCCAGCAGUUGGAAGACAUGUACAAUAAGAUGGCCAAGACCCAAUCUCAGCCCAUCCUUACUACCAAGGAGUUAGCAACACAGAGCAAACCAAAGGAAGAACUUGAAAUGGAGAGUAUCCCCAGCCCCGUAGCCCCUCUGCCCACUCGUACAGAAGGGGCCAUCGAUAUGCGCAGCAUGUCGAGCAUCGAUAGCUUCAUUAGCUGUGCCACGGACUUCCCUGAGGCCACCAGAUUCUCCCACAGCCCUUUGGCCUCACUCCCCAGCAAGACUGGGGGCAGCAUGGCCCCAGAGAUGGUCUGGCGGGGAGCUCUGGGCGCCAGUGGUGGUAGGUUUGUGGAGGCCAACCCCGCCCCUGACGCCAGCCAUCAUUCUACUUUCUUUAUCGAGAGCCCCAAGAGUUCCAUGAAAACCAACAACCCCUUGAAGCUUCGAGCACUGAAAGUCAACUUCAUGGAUGGUGAUCCCAGUCCCUUGGUCCCCGUUCUGGGGAUGUACCACGACUCUCUCAGGAACCGGGGGGGUGCGGCAGCUGCCGUCGCUGGACUAGAAUGUGCCACACUCUUGGACAGGCCUGUGAUGAGUACGGAGUCCUCCAUCUACACCACAGCAAGUGCUAGGACACCCCCCCGGUCACCUGAGAAACACACAGCAAUAGCAUUCAACUUCGAAGCGGGUGUCCACCAGUACAUUGACGCCGACACAGAUGACGAAGGGCAGGUGCUGUACAGUGUGGAUUCCAGCCCUCCCAGGAGCCUCCAGGGCAGGACCAGUCCCAAGUUCAGUGUCGGGACGAGAUCAGAGAAGAACCACUUGGAAAGUUCGCCCUUACCCACCUCCCCUAAGUUUUUAAGGCAGAACUGUAUUUAUUCUACAGAAGCAUUGACUGGAAAAGCCCCCAGUGGUCAGGAAAAGUGCAAACUUGAGAACCACAUCUCCCCCGAUGUCCGAGUGUUGCCAGGGGGAGGAGCCCCUGGAAGCACCCGGGAUCCGAGCAUCUGAACUGCGGGGAAUACUGCUCAGCUUACCUGCCACAGAGCUUUUCUGCGUGAACUCUGAAACAGAAAGGCUCUGCAAAGCCCCAGAAAGAAGAGACAGACUCCAGAGGAAACUCCCUAAGACUCUGAGAGUCACGACAGGUCCAUCGGAAAGAAGCUGGCCAAGCCAUAAGAUAUGGCGCCUCCUUGUAACAACUCCACUGCCCUCUUGGGGAGAUGACACGAGCAGAACUCGCAGCCGCCACUACCACAUUCUAGACAUAACCAAGGCCACCUACUCCCCAUUCUUCUCUCGUGGCUCUCCAUCACAGCCUCUGGGAGUAACACCUCCAUCCCUCUGGCUUCCGCUGGAGAAGGAUGCUGGAACGAGUGGCUGGUAUUGAAAGAGGGGGUUGACCAAUUUGGUUUUGGGUGUUGCCUGGACACCUCUAGGAACUCCUCUCCAUCACCUCCUGGAUGGAUCCCCCUGUUCGAAGGCUACAGGGAAUGCUUGUGUCUGCAUCACAAGCCAUGAUCCCAGCGCAAAACCCUUACUCAAACGUCUUCAUUGACUUCAGUAUUUCAUAGUACCUGAGAUUUUAUUUUGAGAUAUCAUCAGGGUGAGUUGCACCACUUGUACUCAAUUCUAAUUGCCCUCUGGCAAUCUGGGAAGGGUUCAGAAGGCAGACACCCAGCCAAUAGUCUGAACUCUUGAGUAUUGCUUGAGGGUUGUAGAAGGAAAAUGUUUUCUGUACGUCACUAGUGUAGACUCAAAAGAUAUGCAAGUGUCAAAUAUGCAAAAGAAAUAGUUUAUUCAAAAAGACUGUAUGUUACUGAAGAACAGAAUAAAAUCUGAUUUUUUUUAAUUUUUUUUUUUUUUUUUACCUGCAAAAUGAAAGAAAGAAAAAAUCCUCAAUUGAAAUGCCCAGUUCAGACUUUUGAAUACUUCCUGCUGCGGCAGGAAAAGCAUCUACUAUAAUAGCAAUUUGGGUUUGUUUCCUGUGGUAUUCAAGUUAAAAUAAAAAACACUUUAUGUCUUUCAAAAAUAGGUUCUACCAGGGACAGUGUCAACAUCUUGCACUUUAAAACAAGCACUAUUUCCCGCGGGCCACUUUUUGGGACUACAGGUGGGUUGAUGCUACGUGCCUGUGUCUGGCCACAGUGGGUGACAUUGUGCUGGUAUUGCUGUCUGCUAUGUCAGUCUGUGGGCACCUUCCCUGCCCCUCUGGAGCUUCCUCUUUCCCCACUUGCAAGGAGGGGUACUUGGCCCUUGAGUGGGGCUGCUCAGAAAGUCAUGUGUACAGGAAACAUGCACAUCUCAGAAGAAUACAAUAGACGGUUGGACUUGGGGUGUUUUCCUCUGUUCUUUCUUGUCAACCAGCUGUUGGUGUGUUUUCAGUGUCACUGUCUGUAUUAAAAGCUCAGCUCUCCUUUCUGCAGCCAUCAAUGCAGCCAGUACAGACAAAAGCAAUAAGUAUUUGUGUGCAUUGUGAGCGGUUCCGGUGUAUUUCUUGGUGUUGGUCUUCCUGUCCUAGUUUGAUGAACUGGCGUUGGUUUGCUUGGACUGCAGUCCGACAGCAAGCUGUUGCUGGCUAGUCCUCAGUCCAGUAACUUUGGGUUGAGCCACUGGUUAGCGUGAUGCCAUGCUAUUGGCCCAUCUGUCAGUAAAGAUGACAUGUUUUUGAUCUGCCUGUCUUUAGUACAAUGGACUGAUAUUGUUCUCUUAAUAUGAUUUUGAUGGAUGAUGUCCCAAGUACAAUAGUGUAGAUCUGUCAGUCCUCAACUGUAACAGGGAUAUGUCUUCCCAAUGGAACGAAACAUGCUAUCAUUCAGCUGUCCUUCAUACAAUAUGUUAUUGGUCUGCCUGUUGGUACAAUGGCACAAUCCACCUGUCCGUACACCAAUAUCACAGAGUCAUUCUGCCUGCCCUCCUUACGGUGGCAUGAGGUUGGGCCACCUCUCACAGGUAUGAUGACAUGCGGUCAUUCCACCACCCUUAAACAUGUGCGUUCUCUGCUGAAUAUGCACCCAGGUCACACUGCUUCUCAGCGUCUCCAAGGACUGUGGAUCCCUCCAAGAGGGGACAGUCCCGUUCCUUGCUGCAUUAACAAAGGCAAUGCAUGCCCAAGUAUCUUGACUCUUCCGAGGUAUCUUCAGAGUACUCUGACAGCAAAUGCCAAAGGAUUUAAGGGACAGAGAGAGUGUGAGGUCAUCCUGUGCUAGUGACACACCAGAGAGAGGAGGCAGCAGCACUCCCAGGGGGCUUUGCUGAGCACACAGUGCGGGCUGGGGGCUUAUGGAGGAAUGGCCAAGGGACACUCCUCCCGGGCCCAUUUCAUGUGUCUCUUCUUUGUUUUCGUCACCAUUUACGUCCGCCAUCAGCACAAAUGUGAAAAUUCAGGGAAAACAAACAAAUGCUUUUUGAUAAAAGUAAAUAGUUUUGAUUUCUGAUUCAGAUAUUUUUAGAGCUGAUGCU